AACACUAGCUAUACCUCUGACAUUCUCAACAAAUGUAAACAUAUUGAUUUGUUGUAUUUUUAACUCAUUUUAUUGACUUGCGGCAAAGGUUCAUUACAAAAUGGACCAGGAGACCGCGAAGAAGCUGCUCGUCGAGGGCGGGACAUUUGUGUUCCUCGGAGUACCUGAGGAAACGCAGUUUGGCAUUGACAUGCAAUGCUGGAACACUGAUGAAGAUUUCCGUGGAAUUAAGAUGAUUCCACCGGGUUUGCACUACGUGCAUUACUCCGCAGUCAGCAAGAGUACGGGGGACGUGUGCCCAAGGUCUGGAUUCAUGCACUAUUUCCACAAGAAAGAGUUUCUCGUAAAGAUGUGGGAUAAGAAGACUGAAGACAUCAGCACAGAGGAAAUAAGCGAGGAGAGCAUUCAGCGGCUCAAGGACAACCUGUUCAACUUGGACCGGCACUUGGCUCCGUAUCCUUACGAGAUAUGGCAGAAAUGGAAGCUGCUUACAUCACAAAUUACAGCUGAACUGGCAACAAAACUUUCUCCAGAGAAAGGAAUCAUCCGAGCAUCAGUGGAACUCCUCUCUAUGACAGAUGAAGACCGGCCGAGAGGCAUUAAGUCUGAGUCAAUGGAAAGCCAAGAGGAACCAGGGACACCGACAGAGGAUGGUGCUGAAGAGACGCCGGGUCAAUCUGACGCUAAGAGGGCCAAGAGAGUCACUAGGGCUGAGAAAGAGAAUGCUAUGUUACCUGACUUAAAACCUGUACCAGGUGCUUCAAUGAGGUUCACAGAAAUACCGCAAGACAAAUACCCUCCAGGAUCCACUCCAGAAGAGAUCACCAAGCAUUACUUAGACCAGUCGUACUCCUUAGAACUGAUGAUUGCACAACAUGAUGAGCCCCUGCAUAUCAUCGGUGAACUCCAAUUAGCUUAUCUUUGCUUCCUAAUCGGCCACUCGCUUGAAUGCUUCGAGCAUUGGAAGAGUCUCGUCAUUCUUCUCUGCUCUUGCGACGACGCCAUCCACAAAUACAGGAGCGUAUUCUUCCAUUUCAUCAGAACACUUGAGAUACAAAUCGAGGAAAUGCCCGAAGACUUCCUAGCCGAUAUUGUCAUGAACAAAAACCUAGUAUAUAAGAAGUUGAGAGAGUUCUUCAGAACAGCUUAUGUGAGCAAAGUUGAUGGACGACUUCUAACAAUGAUUGAACGAUUCAAGGAGAAUUUAACGGAAAAAUUGCAGUGGGAUUUCACGGGAUUGGAUGCUGAUGAUGAAGAUGAGAGGCCGGUUAUUGUUAAAUUGGAUGAUACAGAAUUAACAGAGUAGAUAUUGGACUUGAUUGUAAUGGAAGAUUUGGAAUAUUCAAAAUAUAGUCCUGAAUUGGAAUUCAAAGUCCUGGAGAUGAAACACCAACAAAUCACAAGGUCAAAUGCCUAUUUGUACCCAACUUCAUUGUAUUGAAAUGAAUUAUUUGAGAUAAACAAAAUCCAUUAAAAUAUUAAGAGUUUCGUCAAAGAAAUACUUAAAUUGUAUUAUGUUCGUGUAAAUUAUAAUUACAUUUCUAAUAGUUUCAAUGUUAGGUGUAUUAGCUUCUUAUUCAUAUCUGAUGCAUUUUUUUUACAUACCAUUAGCAUUGAUUUUAUCGGAAUGUAAUGUAGCCUUUUGUGCGUUAAUAUGUUAUUAAUGUUUAUUUUUAAAACCAAACUAUGUAUGUUAGCAUAGGUUGUGAGUUGUGACAUAGUUUAGACGUGACAUAUUAAAAUUCCGAUAUCCAUACUUACUACUAAUAUUAUAAAUGGGAAAGUGUGUGUGUCUGUUUGUUUGUCCGUCCUUCACGGCAAAACAGAGCGACGAAUUGUCGUGAUUUUUUAAAUGGAGAUAAGGGACAGAGAGUGACAUAGGCUAUUUUUGUCUCUUUCUAACGCGAGCGAAGUCGCGGGCAAAAGCUAGUAUUUAAUAACAGUGAAACCAGGAGAACUCUCUGGGUUACUCCAGUUAUAGGUGGUGCCAAGUGGAACUAUAGUGUGCCUAGUAAGGCUGGUAGACUUAGCUACAUUUACUUAAUCAUAUCUCUAAAUGUUUUAGUACAAAUACCGUUUUAUCUAGCACUAAUAUUUUCACUUCUAUUUAGCUAUCUCUUUACUAAGAUGGUUUUAAAAUAAAUUUCAAUUGAGGACUUAUUUCGUCAGAAUGGUAUUAUUAGUAGUAGUAACGAAGAUAUUUUGUGAUAAAUACACUAAAGGUUUCCAACAACAAAGGAGUUUAAUAAGAUGUGUUUUAUGUGUAUGUGAAACUUUAACUCUCAGUCUUGUUAGUUUCUUUUUAACAAUAAUUCGUUAGCGACUGUAAACUAUUUUGGUAUCACUUUAUACUUGCUAUGUUUAGGCAAAAUCUUAGAUAUACUUAUUACCAUCACAGCUCGAUGAUCAGGCUAUUUUGUUAUAAUGAUUUAAGCAUAAUGAAUCCUUCUCAUAAGUAGUACAGUUUAGAACUGUAGAUUUGUGUACUGUGUACAUCCCUAAGAUCCAGAUAAAAUUAAUAGUAGACAAUCCUUUUGUGACCCCUGCCCCAAUAAUAUACCAAUGUCAAUUUUAAACUAGACUAGAUGUUUUUGAUCAAUAUUAGCUUUAGUGCAAUAAAUAGACGUUAUUUUCGGUUCAUUUGUGAAUUCUAUUUCAAUUUUAAGUACAUUAAUAUAAUAAAUAAAAUGUACCUGUCAAA